AUGGAAAUAAUUGCAGAGAAACCCAAGGUGAAAUUUAAUUUCGUGCCUGAGGACUACAAAAACUGUGACAGUUCUGAUUACUCAGAGUGUGCGGAAGACUAUAGCAGUGGCAGACCAAAUGGGGAGGACUAUUUUUAUGCUAAUAGAAUUUUGUCUUUGGACAGAAAUAGUGAACAGAGAAGGAAGGAAUCCCCCAGUAAGCGACCAGGGUUAUGUGUAGAUGAAAUGUGCACGUGCGGCUUUCACAAAUGUCCAAAAAUAAUAAAACCAUUACCAUUCGAAGGGGAAAGCAAUUAUCGAAGUGAGUUUGGUCCAAAGCCGCUGCCGGAACUGCCUCCUAGGCAAGAAGCUAAGUUGACGAGGUCACUGCCAUUUGAAGGGGAGAGCAAUUACCGAAGCGAGUUUGGGCCCAAAGCGCUGCCGGAACUACCUCCAAGAGUUGAACAGAAACCUCCCAAAUCGUUGCCAUUCGAGGGAGAAAGUAACUACCGAAGCGAAUUUGGACCGAAACCGCUACCCCCCUUGCCACCCAGGGUAGUAACAAAAUUGGUGAAGUCGCUUCCAUUCGAGGGGGAGAGCAACUACCGAAGUGAGUUUGGACCUAAGCCUCUACCUGAGCUUCCCCCACGCGUAGAACAGAAGCCACCAAAGUCCCUUCCUUUCGAAGGGGAGAGCAAUUACCGAAGCGAGUUUGGACCUAAACCUUUGCCUGAGCUUCCCCCACGAGUAGUAACAAAAUUGGUUAAGUCACUCCCAUUCGAGGGAGAAAGUAACUAUAGGAGUGAGUUUGGACCUAAGCCUCUACCUGAGCUUCCCCCACGCGUAGAACAGAAGCCACCAAAGUCCCUUCCUUUCGAAGGGGAGAGCAAUUACCGAAGCGAGUUUGGACCGAAAAAGCUUCCGGAAUUACCGCCUAGGCAAGAAGCGAAAUUAACAAGGUCGUUACCAUUCGAAGGGGAAAGUAGCUACAGAAGUGAGUACGUACGGAAGGCUAUUCCUAUCUGCCCAGUUAAUCUGUUGCCCAAAUAUCCAGCCCCGACCUAUCCGUCUGAGCAUGUGUUUUGGGACUCCACGUGCAAAAGGUGGUAUUAG